AUGCACGACGAAGGUGGGGAAGCGGAAGCCUCAUCCUCGUCAUCGGAUGGGGUGCUCCGAUUGAUGAUAGAGAAUUUCCCGAAUCUCAACGACAAAGUGCUAGGGCCAAGUAAAAGGAUCAAUGGAAUGCAAUGGAAAAUCAUGGCAAUGCCGAGAAUGCACGUCGUACAGAAAAAGGGGACGAUGAAAUGUCUCGGCUUUUUUCUUCAAUGUUGCCCCGAUGCGUCUUUGGAUGCUUGGGAAUGUGAAGCGUCGACGGAGUUGCGCUUGAUCUCGCAGAAGCCGGGCGUCAACCAUUUCACCCGCAAAACAAAUCACAUCUACACGGCCAAAGAGCACGAUUGGGGAUACUCGCGCUUCAUGACGUGGGAGGAGAUUUUGGAGGAAGAUCGAGGCUAUAUCAAAGACGGUCGAGUCGUUUUAGAGGUGUCCGUUAAAGCGGGCACGCCAAAAAACGUCUUGACC